GCUGGAGCCGCUGGAGCGCUUUGCUGCACGGCGCUCGGCGGCCUUCGGAGGCAGAGAGGGUAACCGAGCAAGAGACGAGCCCGGCCGGAGUUCGUGCUAAGCCCUGCGCAGCGCGCUUGGAGAGUCGCAGAGUCCCAGCAGCUUCGGGGGCGAGAGAGGCGGAGUUAGAGGGGGCGGGCGGAACGGUGCCGGGACCCCCCUCCUUUCCCCGGCUAAGCGGAUCAGGUGCCCGAGGAAGCGCCCGAGGUGCAUUCCGAGGCCGAGGCAGGCGCACGGGCCAUCCCCGCGGAGCUGGCAUGGCGCCCCCCGUCUGGUGAAGGCGGACGGGGCUGCCGUCGGAGGAGGGGGAAGAGGCGGCGGCCAUGGCCCUGGAGCGGGCCUUGCAGGCCGCCCGCCAGGGGGACGUGGACACGCUCAAGUCGCUGCAGGCCGAGGGGCUGCUGCAGCCGGCGGCGCUCCGGGACGCGCUGGGCGCUUCUCCGGCUCACCACGCCGCCCGCGCCGGGAAGCUGAACUGCCUGCGCUUCUUGGUGGAGGAGGCGGCGCUGGCGGGCAACGGACGGGCCCGCAACGGGGCCACGCCGGGCCACGACGCCGCCGCCACCGGCAACCUGGCCUGUCUCCAGUGGCUGCUCACGCAGGGAGGCUGCCGAGUCCAGGACACGGACAAUUCCGGUGCCACGGUCUUGCACUUGGCGGCUCGGUUUGGCCACCACGAAGUGAUCGACUGGCUCCUGCGCUUUGGGGGCAGCGACCCGCUGGCAGCCACGGACACGGGCGCGUUGCCGGUUCACUACGCAGCAGCCAAAGGAGACUUCCCUUCCUUGCGACUCCUCAUCGGGCACAGUCCCAGUUCGGUCAGUGCCCAAACAAAGAAUGGUGCCACGCCCCUCUACCUAGCCUGCCAGGAAGGCCACCUGGAAAUCAUCCAAUACUUGGUAAAAGACUGCGGAGCGGAUCCCCACAUACGCGCCAACGAUGGGAUGACCCCUCUUCACGCAGCUGCCCAGAUGGGCCACAACACUGUCAUCGUCUGGCUGAUGAGCUUCACCGAUAUCAGCCUCUCGGAACGGGAUGAUGACGGAGCCUCCGCCAUGCAUUUUGCUGCCAGCCGAGGACACGCCAAAGUGCUCAGCUGGCUGCUCUUGCAUGGAGGGGAGAUCUCCACAGACAACUGGGGUGGGACCCCUUUGCACGACGCAGCAGAGAAUGGUGAGCUGGAGUGCUGUCAAAUUCUCGUGGUGAACGGCGUCAAUCUGGGCAUCCGAGAUCAAGACGGCUACACCGCUGCUGACCUCGCCGACUAUAAUGGGCACUCGCAUUGUGCCAAGUACCUGCGCACAGUGGAGAACAUGAGCGUGGAGCACCGGGUGCUUUCACGGGACCCCUCUGCCGACCUGGAAUUCAAACAGCCCGACUCCGGCAUGUCGUCUCCCAACACAACCAUUUCUGCUCCGCAGCCUCACUUCGACAUUGGCUCGCCGAGCAGCACCCUCUCCAACUACGACUCCUGCAACUCCAGCCAAUCAAGCACCGGGGAGAAAAGAAACAGCCAAGGCUCCCGGGUUCCUGAGACAACUAUCACAGACAUGCAGACCUAUAUGGACAUGCUCAAUCCAGACAUAGCUCCAGGGCAUGGCAAGAAAGGAGACGAAGCUUCCCCCCCACCGCCUCCAAACUUUCCAGCGCCUCCUCCACCCCCCAACUCCAAGGUGCCCCCUCCUCCUCCUGGCUACCCCGCUCCAAACCCCCCCGAAGUGCAGCACACAGCAGAUAUCUAUGUGCAGGCGAAGAACAACCUCCGCCACGUGGAGAGCGAAGCGCUCAAGAAAGAGCUGACCUCGCUUGAGAGCAGCCCAGAACUGCGGCGGGUCGACUCUAGCAGGAAAUCAAGAAACUUCAACAAGCAGCCCAGCACGGGGGAUUAUUAUAAACAUCUGGGCAGCAGUAGCGGCGGAGAGCAAACCGGCAACAACCGCAGGAUGGCGCACAGUGAGGAGGCUUCCCUUCUAUCCAACGAGAGUGUGCAGAAUGGAGGCACGGCUGAGAACAAGCCAUCGGGAGAGGUGCCUCCUCCUCCUCCACCCCCACCACUCCCUGAGAGCGUCUGCCCCCCACCGCCACCCCCUCCACUGCCAAUGGAGAGUCAGCCGCCUUCCACCAGCCAGCGACGGUCGUCCUCCUCCACCGGAAGCACCAAGUCGUUCAACAUGAUGUCCCCGACCGGUGAUAACGCUGAGUUGCUGGCAGAAAUCAAGGCUGGGAAGAGCCUCAAGCCAACUCCCCAGAGCAAAGGUUUCACCACGGUCUUCUCGGGCUGUGGCCAGGCGGGCGCCAACGUUGAGAUUCCCAACUCCUCCCCAUCUCCCACCAGGACACCGACUCCCCCAUCCACUCCAGAUGGAACCUCGGUGCCCAGGGCUGCGACUUCACCCGAGCCGGUCGUCAAUGGCUCCUCGCUGCCACUCGCCUCAUCAGCCCAAGCCAGCCAGGUGGACAUUGAAGCGCUGAUCCCCACCCACGACGAACAGGGGCGGCCCAUCCCAGAGUGGAAGCGCCAGGUCAUGGUGCGCAAGCUGCAGAUGAAAAUCCAGGAAGAAGAAGAGCAAAGGCGCAAGGAGAAAGAAGAAGAAGCUCGCCUAGCCACAAUGCCAGCCUGGCGGAGGGAUAUUUUUCGCAAGAAGAUGGAAGAGGAAAGAGAGCAAAAACGGAAAGAGGAAGAGAAGCUGAGGCGGGAAGAGGAAGAGAAGGAGAAAGAACAGUCGGAAAAGAUAAGGACUCUUGGGUACGACGAAGCAAAACUGGCCCCUUGGCAAAAGCAGAUCAUCCUCAAAAAAGGAGACAUAUCGAAGCACUAGGACUGGGGUGUUCCCCUCCCGCCUGCCAGUCUUCACCUGUGCAUUGGGCCCCUUCUUCCCUUUAGAUCUCAGACCCCCCCCCCAAGCUGUUCAAGAGGGGGAGGAAUGCUUCUGCUCCCUUUCUGUUUCUGGGCCCUUCUCUCAUCUCAGCAAGAAGCUGCCAUCCCCUAGCCCCUUCCCUCUUACCACCAGCUCUCAAUUGCUCAUUUCUCUUACUUCUGUUCAUUAAUUCUGUGCACAUUUUAAGAACAUCCUCGCUCCCUGGGGCAGAAGACAGCCGUAAUGUUCUCAGUGUGGGCAGAGAUUGGGCAAAGCACCUUCACUGCCUUGAAAAUGUGUGUACAUUUUUUUUUCUGUUCUGGAGUGAACGUGGAAAAGCUAAAAAAAAAAACAGUUCUGGAAGUUUUCAGUAGAAUGGGGACCAGCUGGCUACCGUCUGUGACGUCACCCACUCCCAAGAGUGGUUUUGCAUCGGUUUUUAAAAUGGGUUUUAAUUCAUUCAUGCGGCAUACAGGAUGCUUUAAAAGGUGGAGGGUUCAGGACUGUUUGCCCAUCACCACAAGGGGGCAAGACUCAUAGCAGAACAUGUAUGUAUGUACCCAGUCAAGGCAAGCUAUGAAACCGAGUUUGCACUGUAAAAGAGGUCAGCCACUGUUAAGCAACGUUAUGCCCGUCUUCGCCCUAAGGCUGAAUCGUAAAAGAAAUCUAGCCAUGCUGCAGCCAUACUGAUUGCAAAACCGCAUGGCUGGCACAGUCUCAACUGCUUAAUGUCCAAAUGUCCAUCUCUAUGCAAUAAAAUAAUUUCUCCA